AUGACAGCUAAGGAUUGUCCAUCAUUGUGGAGCUUUGGAACAACAAAGACAUUUAAAAUUCCCAUAGAACAUUUGGAUUUCAAAUAUAUUGAAAAAUGUUCAGAUGUGAAACACCUGGAGAAAAUUCUUUGUGUGCUGAGGUCUGGUGAAGAAGGCUAUUACCCUGAACUCACAGAGUUCUGUGAGAAGCGCCUCAUGGGCUUGGCUCCUGGAAGCCGAGCUCUGAGGAAAGACAAGCCCGCAGCAACAGCGUCCAGCUUUACGGCAGAAGAAUGGGAAAGGAUCGACAGUGACAUAAAGAGUUGGGUAUCAGAAAUCAAAAGAGAGGAAACUACCAGGUACUUCUAUGACCCUGAAACACGUACAGGGGAGGAGGAUCAUUUGCCUCCAGUUCGUGGCUCAAACUGCUGUCCUCAAAAUGGCAAGGAAGCAUAUUCUAAAAGUAAGCCAACUAAGAAGAAUAUUCCAAGGGAUUAUGCAGAGUGGGAUAAAUUUGAUGUGGAAAAAGAAUGUUCAAAAAUUGAUGAAGAUUACAAAGAAAAGACUACAGUAAACAACAAGGCUCAUUUGUCUAAAAUUGAGACAAAAAUGGACAUAGCAGGUCUAACUGAGAAGGAAAGGAGUUUUCUUGCCAAUCGGGAAAAGGGAAAAGGGAACGAGGCUUUCUACUCAGGAGACUAUGAAGAGGCUGUGAUGUAUUAUACCCGGAGCUUAUCAGCUCUUACCACCGCGUCUGCCUAUAACAAUCGAGCUCAAGCCGAAAUCAAAUUACAGAGGUGGGAAAGUGCUCUUCAAGACUGUGAGAAAGCCUUGGAGCUGGAGCCUGGAAAUGUGAAAGCUCUCCUGAGACGUGCUACUACAUAUAAACAUCAAAACAAGCUCCAGGAGGCUGUGGAUGAUCUGAAACGAGUCCUGCAGGUAGAGCCUGAUAAUGAUUUGGCCAAGAAAACCUUGUCAGAGAUUGAAAGAGAUCUGAAGAGUUCAGAGCCUACCUCUGAGCUCCAAACCAAAGGGAAAAAGAUGGUUAUCGAAGAAGUUGAAAACUCGGGAGAUGAAGGUGAAAAGGAAAUCAGAAAUAAAUGUGAAGAUGGUGGUGUGGAUAAGGCUGUGAGCGCCAUGGGCAACAUCCCGAAGAAGCUGAUGAGCCGGAGCCAGGGUGGCAGGCGGUCGCGGCGGGGCCGCACACCAGGGCCCCGCGGCGAGCAGCUGCGGGAGACAGCCACUAGCGGCUACAUCGACACCCAGCCCCCGGAGGAGCCCCAAGCCUCAGCCAGUGCCGGGAGCCUCAAGAGCCGCGGCAACGAGCUGUUUCGUGGCGGGCAGUUCGCGGAGGCGGCUGCCCAGUACUCUGCCGUGAUAGCACAGCUGGAACCUGAAGGAAGUGCAAGUUCGGAUGAGCUAAGCAUCUUGUAUUCAAAUAGAGCGGCAUGCUACCUCAAAGAAGGGAACUGCAGGGGCUGCGUCCAGGAUUGUAACAGGGCUCUGGAACUUCAUCCAUUCUCAGUGAAGCCUCUUUUGAGACGAGCAAUGGCCUAUGAGACCUUAGAACAAUAUGGGAAAGCUUACGUGGAUUAUAAAACAGUGUUGCAGAUAGACACUGGGAUCCAGCUAGCAGGCGACAGUAUAAACAGAAUAACAAGAAUCUUAAUGGAGCUAGAUGGGCCAAGAUGGCGGGAGAAACUGCCACCCAUCCCAGCUGUACCCAUGUCUGAUCCACUGAGAGUUUGGCAUCCUGCUGCAGAGAUCCCAACCCAAGAACCACAUCCCAGUGGCAGUGCGCCCAGCAUCUCAGAUGAAAAAAUGUUUCAAGUCCUUAAAGAAGAAGGAAAUCAACUUGUAAAGGACCAAAACUAUAAAGAUGCCAUUAGUAAAUACAGCGAAUGCUUAAAUAUUAACAGCAAGGCGUGUGCUAUAUAUACAAACAGGGCUCUCUGUUACUUGAAGCUGGGCCAGUUUGAAGAGGCAAAGCUGGACUGUGACCAGGCACUUCAGAUAGACGGCGAGAAUGUGAAAGCCCAUUACAGACUAGCGCUUGCACAGAAAGGACUCAAGAAUUCCCUCCUCAACCCAGAUGCCAUCGAGGCAAAGGAGGGGCUGCAAGAGGGAGCCCAGCACCUUGACACCAAGAACGACACAGCGCCUCCCAGCAAAGGAAGGGAGAGGAGGAGAAUCGAAGUCCGAGAGGUGAGUGAAAGCAGUGAUGAGGAGCCUGAGGAACCUGCAGCAGCUUCUGUUGCCUCCCUGCCUGCCAAGGAGGGAGUUGGAGAUGGAGGGUCUGCAGAACACUCUGAAAAACUUGAGGUCCCCAAGCCUAGUAAUGCCUAUGAGUUCGGACAGGUCCUACAUGCUGUGAGCACCAGGAAAGAUGCAGAGGCCUGUGCACAUCUGUUAGCCAUCACUGCCCCCAAAGAGCUGCCAAUGUUGCUAAGCAACAAACUCGAAGGGGACAUGUUCGUCCUCCUCAUUCAGUCACUGAGAAAUCACCUUGUGGCCAAGAACCCCUCCCUGGUGUAUGAGCAUCUCUUGUACCUGAGCAGAGCAGAGAGGUUCAAGACGAUGCUGACACUGAUUAGCAAAGGCCAAAAGGAGCAGAUUGUGCAGCUGUUUGAUGGUCUGUCAGACACACAGGUCAGCCGUUUUCCUGCAGAGGAUGUACAGGCCCUAAGAAGGCAGUAUGAGCUCUAACCCGGGUUUCCUGAGUUCCGACACUUUGAACAGCAGUAUGAUGGAGUUACAUGGGUAAAGCCACACCCACAAGGAUCCCUGUUUGGACCAUCACACAUUGUGCUUAAUUUUAUAUCCAGAACAUGUCUAUUCUACAAUAUGAUUUUUAUUUGUUGUAAAUAUUCUUUUCUGUAUUAGAGCCAACAACUUCGUAUUUAAUAAGUAUAUCCAGAACUGGGCAAAUUACAUUCUGAUUUAUAAUACACAUUUUCUUUUUAAUGAUCUACCUGUUAAAAACUUAAAAUACUUUUCCUUGCCUGGGCAAUUCUUUCAGGUUUGAUAGGAACAAAUGCCUUUAGUUCUUUAAAAGCAAAUGUUACCAGUGAUGAUUCC